AUGCACCCGCAGCCUCAGAACUACACCUGGAGCUCCGACUUCAUGAUCCGGGGCUUUGGGGACCUGCCGGAGCUGCAGAUCCUCUUCUUCGGCGUGCUCCUCGCCGUGCAUCUCAUCACCCUCGCGGGGCACGCAGCGAUCGUGCUCGUCACGCUCAUGGACCCCUGCCUGCAGACGCCCAUGUACUUUUUCCUCCGCAACCUGUCCGCCAUUGAGAUUUGCUACGUGUUGGUCAUUGUCCCCAACAUGUUGGCUAAUUUCCUGUCCAAGAGCCAACGAAUGCCCUUCCUGGGCUGUGCCCUGCAAAUGCUCCUCUUCAUCGCCCUGGGAGGGGCCGAGUGCUUCCUUCUGGCCGCAAUGGCCUACGACCGGUUCGUGGCGAUCUGCAGCCCCCUGCGCUACACGCUCAUCGUCACCAGAGCCCUAUGCCUGCAGAUGCUGGUGCUGGCGUGUGUCGGAGGCUUCGCGCUCUCGCUCACCCUCACCACCCUGAUAUUCCUCCUGCCUUUUUGCCAGUCCCACGACAUCAAUCAUUUCUUCUGCGACAUCCCCGCCGUAUUGUUCCUGGCCUGCUCCGACACUCGAGCCAACGAGAUUGCCGUCUUCCUGGUCUGCAUGCUCAUUCUGUUGAUCCCCUUCCUGCUGAUUCUGCUCUCCUAUGCAUUUAUCAUCGCUGCCAUCCUCAGAAUCCACUCCGCCGAGGGAAGAAGCAAAGCGUUCUCCACCUGCGCCGGGCACCUACUGGUCUCUCUUAUGCACUAUGGCUGUGCAAUAUUCAUCUACAUUCGCCCCAAGUCUUGCUACACUCCAGAACAGGACAAAAUUGUGUCCUUAAUCUACACCAACAUAACCCCCAUGCUCUACCCUAUGAUCUACACUCUGAGGAACCAGGAAGUCAAGGGCGCCCUCAGGAGACUCCUGCAGAGCAGCCGCCGGAUGAAGUGGCAGCGCAACACAAGGUGA